AUGAUUCAUCAGAUGGCACCUUGGGUCCCAACGUUUAUUCAAUCUACAAAAAAUAACACGCAACCAUUUCUACCAUUUCAAAUAGCUACGACAGAUGAAUUGACUAAUACUCCUCGCUGUAGAACCGUUGUCUUCAGAGAUUUUUUGUUCAAGGAUAAAAAAUCAAAUGUUUUGACGUUUAACACGGAUAUAAGAAGUGGGAAGAUCAAGGAAUCCUUUCCCAAUGGACUUGACACCACAGCACCUAUCGAAGCAUGCUUUUAUUUCCCAGAGACGAUGGAACAGUAUAGACUACGUGGCAGUUGCUUCCUUGUGUCAAAAAAGACCUCCAACAUUAGUAAGAAAAUCGUAGAAAAAUAUGGUAUAGUGUCGCCAGGCGUAUCUGGACAUCACAAGGAAGAUCUUUACAAAUACGAGGAUGAAGUAAAUGAGGCAAUGGGUAUUGAGAAUACGAAUGCUACAACGGGUGAAAACAAUGCCGCAAAGGGUUCUGUAAUUCGUCCACCAACCACAACAGAGUGGCAAAUGGAAAUCAGAAGACAAUGGUACUCGUUAUCCAGGACGUCGAGAUCUCAAUAUAGAAAACCUGAUCCAGGAAAGCCAAUUACGUCAGAAACGAGUGAGAAAUUAGACAAAAUUCAAAGAGGUGUUGACGGCACAGAUGAAAAUGCAGGGUUGGAAAAUUUCGCGUUAGUCUGCCUGUGUAUAGAUAAAGUUGACUAUUUGAAUUUGAAGAACGGUAGCGGGGGUGAAAGACUAAUCUUCACCAGAACUGCUGACGAAGACGCCAACGAUCUAGAGAAUUGGAUUGAAGAACACGUAUGUCCAUGA